UACGAAUCCCAGUAAGCAGUGCGCGACGCGAGGGCGUAGGAGGAGGAGCCCGGAGCCGUCCGGCCCAGCAAGAGCCAGGCAGUGGCAGGACCGGGUGUAGGUGGCCAUGGGGAAGCGAUACUUCUGUGACUACUGUGACCGCUCCUUCCAGGACAACCUCCACAACCGCAAAAAGCAUCUGAAUGGGCUGCAGCACCUGAAGGCCAAGAAGGUCUGGUAUGACAUGUUCCGAGAUGCGGCUGCCGUCUUGCUGGAUGAGCAGAACAAGCGGCCCUGCAGGAAGUUUCUACUGACAGGCCAGUGUGACUUUGGCUCCAAUUGCAGAUUCUCUCACAUGUCAGAGCGAGACCUGCAGGAGCUGAGUAUCCAGGUGGAUGAGGAGAGGCGGGCCAGGGAGUGGCCACUGGACAUUGCUGAACUCUCUGAAGGCAAUCUGGAGGACUGGCUGGAGAAGAGAGCCAAGCGGUUGAGCUCAGCCCCAAGCAGCAGGUCUUCCUCUUUGAGGGGAGGGGCUCAGCCCACACUUUACACCAACAAGCUGAGGCACAGGGGCAGGCUGGGGCUUCCAAAGGCCAUGCAGCAUCACAGCCAAAACCAAAGCCAAGGCUCCUGGGCUUUUCCACCAGGGCUGAACCAAUCAGAGCCACCAUCUUCCAGUACCCUGUGGGCUGGCCACCAGUCCAGGAGCUGCCUCCAUCCCUGCGGGCUCCCCCACCCGGGGGGUGGCCCCUGCAGCCCAGAGUCCAGUGGGGCUGAGCCCUCACCCCUGCCUGACCGCACCUGGUCAGCUCUCUCAUCGGUCACAAUAAAGACAAGGGCUUGUACAGGUGAGGCUGAGCCCCUUCCUGCUGCACUCAAAGGAGCCUCUCAGACUAUCUGCCCAGCCUCACUGAGGCUCAGGCGCAGCCCUGGGCCCGGGUCUGCGCCAUGCAGCUCCACCUGCCCACCCUCCCUCAUGGAACGUCUUGAGAGGAUGGGUGAGGAAACUUUUGGAUGUUUAUAAAGAAAGUCUGUCACCA